AGGCAGGUUCAUCUCCCUCCAGCAACUAGCAGUAUUAGCCGGCUGACAUGGGCAAGAAGAACAGGAAACAGCAGGCCGAGGUGGUGGCGUCAGCUGCCAUCGAUGAUUCUGCACCAGAAGUUGAUGCUCCGGUGGAGCAGUAUCCCCCGGAGGAGGACACCAGCACCGAGGUCUUCCUCUGGCUGCUGGCCUACAGUGUCCUCAUGUUCACGCUGCCCUUCCUGGGCUUCUACGGCGUGCGCAGCUGGCUGCAGGAGUCCUUUCCCCACCUGGACCUCUUUACGGUCAACUGCUGGUCCGUGCUCACGGCUGUCCUGGUCGUAAACCUGGUGGUGGCCAUGUAUGUGCUCAAGGCCUUCCGCGAGAAGCCGCCACCACCAUUGCAGCCUGUGCAGCAGGAUGAGGAGGAAGAGCCCGAAGCUGUGGAGGACAAGAAGGAGCAGUAACUUAUGUAGUCCACGAGCUACAGGUUCUGCACGGAAUUAACAAAAGCAUCUUUGAAAACCAAACAAUUUCAACUCAUUUAACUCUUUAAAAGGACCAGUAACUCCUUACUCGCCCAAAUAAAUUUUACAUUGACACACUUUUAAA